AGAGGGGUGGAAUGCCACCGCCUGAGGAAUGUCAACUAUUCAACAUGGAGACGGCGGUUACUACGCUCGAGACCAUGGAAUGGCAGCUGAUCUGACAGAGUCUACAGCUUGCUUUGAGUCAGUCCUCCAAGCAAGGGGCCUGACAAUGGUCAGAAAUCCAUCCUUUAGGAGGAAGCUGCAAGAAAUGUAGCACACUCCAGCUUAGCUUGCACGCUGUUGAGAAAAAGGCCUCCAAUUGUGCAUCUUGUCUUCCUUGCCAAGGGUCUUAAAGAGAACAAACAACAUGUGAAAUACAGGCGCAAUACAUGUUCCAGAAGGCCGAAUCUGACCUGAAUUACAUUCAGGCAAUGUUGGAGUUUGAAAUGGUGAAAGGGCAUGCUGAUGGACUGUCUAAAGAGGAGAAUCCUCUGGUUGUCAUACAGCAGCUGUCACUGGUGAAGUCUCGCUACAAAAUGUUGUGUGAGCAGCUAGAAAGGAUUUCUACUGAGCGGCGGGAGUCCAUGCGGUCGAUCCGUGCUACUCUGGCCAAAACAGUGAAGCUGGUUCAGGAAAUACAGCACCACACUGGAAUGGAGAUCUCACCUCUAUCUGAAGAAGAAGAACUUGCAAUGCAGCACUUAAUGUACCAGACUCCUCAAGUAACAGAUACCCCAGAAAAACAGAAUUGUCCCAAAGAGCAUGAAACCCACUGAUCCCAGACAAAAAUUCCAAAAAUAGCUUGUAUGUGAGGGCACUCAUCAGAGUUGGAAGUUGAAAACUGAGGCUACACUUUAAAUGUCUAGAUUGCUUACGUUUUCUUUUUAAUA